CCUACCUAAACACACAUCAGUUUUGUCACAUGACAAUCUAUGUGAGGAGUUCACUUCAUUGACGGAAGAAAGUGGAAAAAUGUCUUUGUCUUAUCUUCUUCUCAUUUAUGUUGCUGGUGUUGCUGUAAAAGAAAGUUGUGCAGGUUUGGUUCCCACUCCCACUAUUGUAUUAUUCCCUGGGUACAUCAAUGUAGCUACACCUGCUACAUUACGCUGUGAGUCACCAGAAGGCACAGAGUGCCAUUUCUACAGAGAUCACGACCCCAACCCUAUAAGAAAACUGGAUUACAAGCAGGGUGCUUGCCAGUUCAAGUUGCUCUGGAAUGAGUUCAAAAAGUGGAACAAGACUGAAAUAGAUCUCAGCUGUAUAAUUCUACAGAACAGAGAAGGGAAAAUGAUCAAUACCUCAAAACCUAGUAUUGUUCGAAGACUUCAUGUGAGUGAUCCAAUUGGAAAACCCAGUGUUCAUGUGGAGAAGAUCGGGAAUUACCUCAAUCUUCGAUGUGAGGCCAAGGCUGGCACCUCAUGCUACUUUUAUCAGAACAAUGGUGACUUACACUUUAAAAAACGACCCUACAAAGACAAUGUCUGUGUGGGGAGAGUGGCAGAAGAGGAACUGCAGAGGAAGAGGAGCAGUGCUGGAGAGAUCUUCAUCACCUGUGCUGUGGAGCUGGUGGUAGAGGGUGAAGACACUGUGACAUCACAGCGUAGUGAACCCCUCGGUAUCACCAUAGAUGUUGUAAAUCCUCCAGGAGCUACUAGUUCCCCAUCAGCGUUCAGUUUAAUCAUACCUGGUCAGGUGAAUGUAAGCAGCAAUGUAACACCCCAAGGUAGAAGUCCAGUUCUCAUCAACAUCAGUCUGGGUGCUGGUUCCCUUUUCAUGGUUCUGCUGGCUGGGUCUGUGCUGUGUGUUCUCCAACACAAGUGUGGGGUUCAAGGCAGUCCUGUAAAUACUGGAAGCCCACCUGAGCAGCAAGACCAAACCCCACCUUGUGUCUAUUCUGUCAUCACAAACCCGUCUAGGGAUGAGGAAGAGGACACUAGUCUGCAAUACGCUACAGUGACUUCUACCAGUGACCGAGCUAGUCUUCAAUAUGCAACAGUGACAUCUACCGGUAACCAAGCUGGACCUGGGCGCACCAAGAUCAAGUUUGAAAUUGCUGGAGAGUACGCCCUCUUAGCAAAAUCAUAGAAGAAGAAACAUUUACUGGAUAAAAAAAUUAGCCAUAGUUUACAAUACAAUCCUGUCUUGUUUUCUUCAAAUUGGAUCAUAAUUUACUCGUAGUACAAAAAAAAAACCUGCCACAACAACAAAGACUAAAGAUCUCUACUCCUUUCUAAAAACAAGCAGUUUCAACUAUUUGCAUUUGAGGGUAAAUGAAAUAAAUGAAAAAUAACCUUUGUCUGAAACAUAAAAUGAAUAUUUUCCUAAACUGAAUUACCAAUCAGUAGUCACCAAUCUAUUUCACUCUUUGACAAGAGUCACUAGAGACUCAAAGCCACAAGAGAGUAGAACACAUUUCAAACUUUGCUUGUUACAUCACUACAUCUCUUUCUGAUCUCUCGCUCUCUACAUCUCUCUCUUUAACCAUGUCUGGUGUAUAUUAGUUUUAAAGAGAUGUUUUGUUAUUAUCAUGGUUUACUUACAGUAUGUGCUUUUACUUCCAUCUGUUGAUACACUACCUCCACAUUUCCUCUCUCUGCUUCCUGAUUUACAUAUCUGCUACUAUGUGGUCCCCACCUCUUCCUGUAGUCUGUCAACAUCUGUUCCUCUCAGACCAGUUGCAUUCUCAUACUGGGCUAUAAAUAGAUGUGCAGAGGUUUUAAGAUAUGGUUAAUUUGAACAGGUAUACUUGAUGAAUGUGUAAAUGAACAGCUUUCUUGAUUUAUAAGUCAAUAUGUCAUUUAUAAGUUGUGUGUGUAAGAUGAGAUAGAACCACAGGCAUAAAAAUAUAUAGUAAAA